AUGGGCUCGUACAGUGAAGAGCUCUGUCUUAGCGCCAAGCAGGCCAUCCUAAUGGUGCCAGGAGUCAUUGCUGUUACCACUCAACAAGUUACAUGGGCUCGAAAACAGAAGGCGUAUGCGACUGUCUCGUUGGUCCGAGGGUUGAAUUCUGCGAUGCAGAACGCAUUAUUGAGAACACUGGAAGAAGCGGGAAUUCAGGCAAGUUCGAAAAAUCUGCGUUUCUCGUUAACGAAUGAGAGUUUUGAGCUGAAACUUCAACUAAGCAUAGAUGUGUUGGGGCUAGUGAUUGCUGAAGACACUCUGAAGGAACUUAUAAUGUCUUCGGCGAACGAUGGAUCGUCAUCAUCUCGGAAUCAAGACAAGCAAAAACUAGAAGAGGAGCACCAUGAGGCGAUCAUUGAGGCGGCGAAGACGAUACCGGAAGGAACGGUAUCAGCAGCAGUGGCUAGCAGACAGGCGGCGAUGAGGGAAUACAUACUCGGCCAAGAGUCCCCUGAAGGCGGAGUGGAGAGGGCCAAGGAGGCUCUUCAGAUCGAACUACCGCAUUUAGAAAGUGAAAGCUCAGCGCCAACCGUGACUUCAAUCGAGCACGAUUCGGAAAACUCUCGGGGGAGCGAUAAGGAAAAUGAGGGCGGUGACAAUCCCCGUUCGAUUCCUGAGCUCGACGCUGCCAAGGUGGAGCCAUCGCUGACACUACCACCAUACGAUCGGCAGUGGGUUCCUCUGUCGGACUUACCCCUCAGAGAUAGGACGGGAUCGUCAAUGCGCAGGAGGAAAGAUAGUGGAGAUGCGAGCCCGAUGAGCCCAGAGUACAUUGAGACUGAGGAAGGAGCGAAGGACGCGGUUGGUCGGUGGCUGAGUGAGAGUCCUGAUCGUUGCAGUGAUGGAAGCAACUCAGUGAUGCACCGAGACUCUUUUGAUGACUCUUUGUCGGGUGGUGAUGAUGAUAAUGCAUACUUGGACGAGUACGGCGAUCCCACGAAGCAGAAUUCGAAUGCUCAAAUGCAGUUCUUCAAUCAGGCGGCGAUGAGCUUUGGAUACACUAGAGCUUUGGGCAUGCACGAGAAAUUUGCAGGAGUUGUUACACUACAUACUGGUGAAGAUCACCCGUCAGAAGAAGCAGCGAAGGAAGCGACGGAAGGUUCGUCGAAAGGGAAAGAGCCUGAUUCAAAACACUAUUAUGGCGGUUCGUGGUUUGGGGGUUGGCUCGGGAACAACUGAGACCCCCUGAUCGACGCGCUAUUGCAUGCUUAUACUUAUCAUAUGCAGCAUCGAGUUGCUUGAGAUAUGCUCCCUCAGUGUCUCUCUGGAGAGGAAGUGUUUAUGAUGAUGUUGCCUAGUGUAAAGUGGUGUACUUUAUCAACUACCAUUGCUCCUAUCGGCUGAACAUCUUGCUGC